UUUAAAUAAAAAAAUGUUAAAAUUAAUUGUUAUAAAUGAUCCGUAAGAGAAACGUGAUAAUUGUAGCCUUGAUAGUAGUGGCAGUGUUCUUUUUCACUAUACACUAUUUACUCAAAUAUUUGCCGACUUUAGACAAUGUGGUUAAAACAAAUUCAAAAAUCGAAAAUGCCAUUUAUGAGGAAUUCAAAAUACUGCCCAAAUUUUAUAAAGAAGUACAACAACAUCUCGGAGCUACUAAGACUGAUGAAUUUCUGGAAAACGUUAAAGAUGUCAUGAAUUUGGCACUCCAAGAUGUAAACGUUAAAGAGGUAUGGAAAGAGGCUAAUUCGUGGCCAUCGAGUAAUCAGCUUACAAAUAUUUCCAGCCCUAGCAUAGGAAAAUUGAUGUAUGCUUUAAAACAUGCUUGGAUUAUUCAUGCUGAUAUUGAUACAAGGGGGACACAACUAAAAUUAUUGAUAAAUUUGAUGGGUGACCAGCAAUGUGUUUUUAAACCAAAAUGGUACGACAAGGAAAAAUUAAUUGAAGGCCCAGUAUACUCGGGAAAAGACAGAUACGGUUCUGAAAUAGUAGCAUUCUACUUGUCAGUCCUGUUGGAAAAACCAUUAACCCCUGUAAGCGUCGAGCGUACCAUAUCCUUAAGGCACGACAUAUUACCGGUUGCAACCAGAAGGCUGGUGAAUACUAGUUUUGUAAAAAACAGCAAGACUUGUAUAUACGGAAAAUGCUUGUACUGUAAAAAAGAAGAUCCAAUUUGUGGGGAUGCACAAGACAAACUAACUGGUGCUGUGAUAUUUAACGUUAAGAAGACUUUUAGCAAUUAUCGAUCACCCUGGCAGAGAACGUAUAAGAAAAGCAAAUUGGCUACUUGGCAAACUGAUCCUGAUUAUUGCAAAAUUGUUAGGGAUAAGUUAAGCAAAAAACGAAUACAAGAUCUUAUUGACACCGCAAUCUUCGAUUUUCUAAUACAAAACGGAGACAGACAUCAUUAUGAAACUCUCGAUGAUACGGUUGUAUGGGUGGAUAAUGGAAAAGGCUUAGGAAAUCCCCAUGUUCAACAUAUUGACAUAUUGGCUCCAUUGUAUCAAUGUUGCACUAUCAGACAGCAGACAUGGAAAGCCUUAUUAAACCUUGCCGGAGGAAAUCUUUCCAAAUAUUUGAGAUUGAUGCCGGAUAUCGAAAAUAUUUUGACUGAAUCACAUUUAAAAUCCAUGGAGGAACGACUAUUGUUAGUAUUUGCAGCUGUUGAAUUUUGUAAAAAAAAGGGUAGCUGAAAAUACAUUCAUUUUCUAUU